AUGAGUUUAUAUCAUUAUUUAUUUAUUUCUUCCAUUCUUUUUCCAUAUGUUUCUUUUAUUCUUUCUUUCUUGCAUUCUUCCUCCUUUUCUUUAUUUCAUUCUUUCUUACUUUCUUACUUUCUGUUUCUCCUUCAUUCUUUCUUCCUUUUCUGUCUUAAAUUAUUUCUCCCUUCUUUGUUCCAAUCUUUCUUGCUUUCUUUCUCCCUUUCUUUCUUUCAUUCUUUCUCUCUUUCUUUCUUCCAUUCUUUCUCCAUUUCUUUCUCCAUUUUUUUUUAUUCUUACUCUCUUUCUUUAUUUAAUUCUUUCUUUCUUUUUCUUUCUUUCUUUUAUCAUUCAUCCUCCUUUUCUUUAAUUUAUUCUUUCUUACUUUCUUUCAUUCUUUCUCUCUUUUUCUUUCAUUCUUUCUUUCUUUCUGUCUUUCUUUCAGUCUUUCUUCCUUUUCUGUCUUCCAUUAUUUCUUCCUUUCUUUCUUUCUUUUUUCUUUCUUUCUUUUUCUCCCUCUUUUUAUUUUAUUCUUACUUUCUUUUCUGUCUUCCAUUAUUAAUUUCUUUCUUUCUGCUAUUCUUUCUCCCUUUCUUUCUUUCAUUUUUUCCCUUUCUUUCUUUCUUUCUUUCUUUCUUUAUUUCUUUCCCUCCUUUUAUUUUAUUCUUACUUUCUUUUCUGUCUUCCACCAUUAAUUCCUUUCUUUAUGCCAUUCUUUCUCCCUUUCUUUCUUUCAUUUUGUCUGCCUUUCUUUCUUUCUUUCUUUCUUUCUUUCUUUCUUUUCUGUCUUUGUUUUCAUUACCCCAUUUUUAG